AUGGCUGACAAGGACAAACGAGUGCUUUCAAUUCAAAGCACUGUUGUGUUUGGUUAUGUCGGGAACAAAAGUGCAACAUUCCCUCUUCAGUUGCAUGGCUAUGAGGUCAGCACAAUCAACUCUGUGCAGUUUUCCAAUCAUACAGGUUACGGCAAAUGGAAAGGCCAGGUCUUGGAUGCACAGCAAGUAACAGACUUGUUUGAAGGCUUGAGGAUAAACAACCUCCUGGACUUCUCCUAUGUGCUCACAGGUUACAUUGGGUCAGAGACAUUCCUAGAGAAAGUUGGAGAGACAGUUAAAGAGCUCAAGUUGAAGAAUCCCAAUUUGAUAUAUGUAUGUGACCCUGUGAUGGGUGAUAAUGGAAAACUGUAUGUUAGCGAGAAACUGGUGCCAGUCUACAGAACACAGAUUGUUGAACAGGCUGAUAUUAUCACACCAAAUCAGUUUGAACUAGAACAGUUGACCCAGUUGCCUGUUAGGACGGAAGAUGAAGCUUUCAAAGCGAUGGGAAAACUUCACGAUAGAGGUGUGGGCAGUGUGGUUCUCAGCAGUAGCAACCUGGCAGGGGAGGACACAUUGCUGUGUUUGGCCAGCAUAAGAAAUAAUAAAGUGUCCAAGCGCUACCGCCUCAAAAUUCCAAUCAUUGAUAGUAUUUUUGUUGGGACCGGAGACCUGUUUGCAUCAGCUCUCUUGAUUUUUAUGGACAAGCAUAAGGAUUUAAAAAUUGCCCUAGAGAAGACUGUUGCUGUGGUACAGACUGUAAUUAAACGAACAAUUGUACAUGCAAGAGGACUCGCUGAACCAGAUGGUAAACCAAACAUGGAACAGCUGGAACUUCGUCUGGUGCAGUCAAAAGCUGAUAUUGAAAAUCCCCAAGUGGAACUCACUGCAGAGGAAGUUUAG